CAUCUAAUCUCAAAUUAGAACAGAAACAUGCUUUUCUUUUUACUCCAUAAAAAAAUGGAAAGCAAAGAGCAAGAACUUCAACCCCCACUCAGUAUCUGCGGACGAUUCUAUGAUUUAUUGGUGAAGUUAUUAGCCACGCAAGCUUUGAAGAAAGUAACUCUUGGCCAUCCAUUACUACUUGGUUCAAUCGAACGACCAGAAAAAAAAUCUGAUAUUGGCUCUAACAUCAUAUGUGGUGUUGAAAACAUCAUGGAGAAAAAUGAAAUGUUAUCAGUCGACGGAGAACAAUUAGAGUUACGCCAACCAAAAGAAAAGGCUCCAAGAAAAAUUGUAAGUAUAAAGGAAGAAGUUGACGAGAUACGAAUAAGUUCAAGGAAAAUUAAGAAGAAGACAUCGAAAGGAAGUUUUGAUUCCUUCGAGCAUGAGGUUAUAUCUCUAAAACCAUUGAAAUCAAUUUUGAGGAAAGAUCCAGAAGGAAAAAAUAAUAUAUGAUCACAUAUUACUGGAUUAGUAGUAAGAAAUAUCUGUUAACCUUACGUAGAAAUAAAUAUGAGUCGUGACAAUAUAUGACUGACAUGUAAAAGAAAGUACUGGGAACGGUACUGUGGAUUAUAUAAUCUAUUUAUACUCAUACACUAUUCAUUUUAUAGAGAAACUAGCAGCAAUAACUUUAAACAAUUUUACAAAUAAAUGUACAAACAUAGCUAGUUAGUAGUAGUUAAGAUAUUCGAUGUAUAAUAUGCAUUGAAAACAAAAUUAUCAUUUCUCUUUCUUUCUUUUUUCCAGACACGUUCUCUCUUUUUCUCCAUUCUUUAAUUAUAUGGAUCUUCUUUCACUUUUACUGAAUCUGAAUUCGACUUGUGUUCAAGAUGAAACAUGAAUUCGAUGGUAAGUUAUUUGAAACAUGUUUAUUAUAAAGAUUUGCGAGGAAAAUAACAAGAAAUAGGCUUAAGAGACGAUGAACUCGUCAAGAACAUACUUAAAGCAAUAAAUCUCUAAAUCCUAGUUCUUAUGCUGACUUCGUGUGUUUGUGAAUAAUCUUCCUUCAAGUGACUUCCUCUCUAUUUAUAGGAGGAAUUCGGCUAGUUUUUUUUUCGAUGCCGACUUGGCUUUAUCUAACCACUUCUCUUUUU